CUCAUAUUGGCCACGCUGUUGUCUGCUGCAGAGAGGAUGGAGCUCAGCUGGCGGUCCCAGUUCAUCUUGCAGUUGAUCUGCAAGGAAACAAAAGAAAGCAUCUCUGCAGCCAUCAGUGUUUAAACACGCAGGAGGACGACAUUAAUCUUCACACUUCUGUACCGAGUAAAAGAAAACAAUAUCCCACAAUGCCCGGCAGUGGUGAUGUCACGUCAAAAUGGCGGCCUCCGGCAUCGACGUGAAGACUGUAAAAAAGUUGUUGGAGGAGAGUCUUUUAAAACUUGGAUUUGAAGUAUACACGUUAAAGAAACUAGCAGAUGCAGCAGCACUGUCCUUCAGUUUCUCUGACAGCUUCUGUGCUGCGUGUUGUCAGGUGGGUUGGUACAACUCUGUGUUGCCCCCCAAGCUGCACCUGCCUCAUCCGGAUGACUGCUUGGCCGUGGUGGUACUCAGCACCCCCUCCAUGUUCGAGCACGCCUUCCUUCCCUUCAUGGAGGAGAGAGGCUGCCAGGGACUCUCUGACCCCAUUGACCAAUGCGUCAAACACUGUGUCACCUCUGCCCUCUCGCAGAGCUUUCCCGGACUGAAGGUGGACGUGAGGUUCGACUACGAACUGCUGCCCACCAGAAAGCCAAAGUUCUUGGCGCAGACCGCCGCACAUGUUUCAGGAGCGGCUUUCUACUACCAGCAGUCUGACGUCAGCGACCAACCCUGGGCUAACAAAAAGAUGUUCGGUGUGUGCGUGCAUCCCAGGCUGGGAGGCUGGUUUGCCAUCAGAGCUCUGCUGGUGUUCCAAGACAUCAAAAUGAACCCGGAGGAGCUGCAACCCGAACCUCCGGACUGUGUGCCCUCUCGGGAUGCCAGGAUUCAGCUGCUGGAGGAUUUCAACUUGCGCUGGCAGGACUGGAGCUACAGGAACAUCAUCACUCCUACGGUGACUUACUCCAAGAAACAGCAGGACUAUUUCUCCACACCACCUGCCCAGCGACACACUCUGCUCAGGAGUUGGGGUCUCCUGUCAGAGUUGGACGACGCGCCCUCUCACAACUCAAGGGAGCAGGCUCAGGUGAACGGACACGGAUGAGGUGCAAAGGCAUUUUCACUCAUCUUGGUUAAGAUGGACCCUCGCAAAAAUGGCUUACGGUCAUGAUUAUCUCUUUUUUGAAUGUGGAAGCUGACUAUCAAUAGAUAAUGUAUGCCUUUUUUGCAAGUUUAUGUCAUUAUGCACUUCUAACAACUUUUAAAGUUGCAAGCCUAUACAUAGAGUAUAUACUGUUUUUUGCAAAUAUUUUAUUUUACUCAUUCAAAGGAAGCCUUGAUUUGCAAAUUUUGGGAGUAGUAUUAAGCUAUUUUACAUGAACACUGUGUAGUAUUUACAAUUCAUGUGAAAGUAGAGUUUAAAAUCAAAUUAAAAAGAACGGGGCAGCAGUGUGCCUAGUGGUUAGCACGUCUGCCUCAUAGUCCUGAGGUUCGGUGUACGAGUCUGGGCUUUGACAUCCCUGUGUAGAGUUUGCAUGUUCUCCCUGUGCUUGAGUGGGUUUUUUAUCUGGGUACUCUGGCUUCCUUCCACAUCCUGAAAACAUGCAUGUUGGGUCAUUUCAGGUUGAGCUAAUACGGUAUACACAGGUAGUACUUAAUGAAGUGCAAAGCAAUGUGUAAAAGGAACUUUUUAUUUAUACAUAUUUGACUUCCCAUCAGACCUUUGUUUUUAUGCUGACACUACUAUAUAAAUUAUUGUUGUUUGUGAGUCAUGUUUUCUCAAAGCUCCAGUUGAGAGGUUUAGCCUCCAUUCACUCCACAUGGUUGCAAUUGCCAUGCUACUGAGGGGAAAAAAAAAUGGACAUCUUUAAAAUAAAUCUUACACAUCCAUAAAAAUGCUUGGUGCUGGAUUU